AUGGCUCCUCAAGACCGUAUCGCCCAGGUGAACAAGCACCUCAACUACCCUGCUGGCGUGCUGGCCGGCCAGGUCGCCAUCAUCACCGGCGCGGGCCAAGGUAUCGGCGCCGAGGCUGCGCGGCUAUUUGCCAACGAGGGCGCAAAGGUCAUCGUCGCGGACAUUGAUGCCCAAAAGGCCAAUGGUGUCGCUGACGCCAUCAACGCCGCCGAGCCCGGGCGCGCCCUCGCGGUCAUCGGCGAUAUCCUGGACGCCAACUACAUCAACGAUCUAGUGAAGCGCGCUGCCGAGUUCGGUGGCGGUAAGAUCCAUAUUAUUGUGAACAAUGCCGGGUUCACAUGGGACGCAGUCGUUCACAAGAUGACCGAUAGGCAAUGGGAGACGAUGCUGGCAGUGCACAACACGGCGCCCUUCCGACUGGUGCGUGCUGCGGCGCCCUACUUCCGCGUCAAGGACAAGGAGCCGCGGGUGAUCAUCAACAUCAGUAGCACGAGCGGCAUUCACGGCAAUGCCGGCCAAACCAACUACGCCGUCGCCAAAGCCGGCGUCGUCGGCCUGACCAAGACCAUUGCCAAAGAAUGGGGCCCUGCCUUCGGCGUGCGCUCCAACACCAUUGCCUUUGGCUACGUGACCACCCGUCUGACGGCCGCCAAGGAGGCAGGUGCUUUCAUUACCCAACCCGACGGCACCAAGGUCGCCCUCGGAAUCCCCGGCAAGCAGCUUGACGCUAAGAAGGGCACCGAUGCGAAGGCCGAGGCCAACGCCUAUCCAGAUAUCCCGCUGCGGCGCCCGGCUAGCCCUGAGGAGGCGGCGAGGUCCAUUCUGGGUGUUGCUAGUCCGUGGUUCUCGUAUGUUAAUGGGGAGACUAUCCGGGUUACUGGUGGGCGGAAUAUGUAA